AUGGAUGGGUACAAUUCCUCUUCCUUAGACUCAUCAAGCAUGUCGAGUGGGGUAUCGUCACACAGCUCUUUUUUCUCUAGAAACAGCAGCUGCCAGUCACUAGACUCCAAGAAUAGCGCAUAUAUGCACCUCAAGAGCCAAUUAGAGGAGUCCAAACAGCAUGUACAGCUGCUUGAACAGCGGAACCAACAGCUUGCACGGGAUAGAGAUCUUCUUUCAGCACAAGUGGCAGCAUUACAGAGUUCCAGUGCCAAUGAAGCAGACAAGGAUCUUAGUCCUGACGAGUACAAAGAUGUCAAUUUUUGGACUCGCUCCAAAUGGACAUUGCAUAUUCAAGCCAAGAAGGCUGUUGCGAAGCUAGGGUCCGGUGCUACAAGCACACAGCGCAGAUCAACGAGGCUUUCAAAAGGCGAGAAUGUUGCAUGUCAGUUCAUUGAAGAUGCUUCUGGUGUGCCUGUCGACGGACACAGAGCAAAGGCUGCACAUAGUGUGUUUACCGCAUACCUCCAUCAGUUGAAUCAAGCAGGUGUGAAACUGCCUAGCAGUUGGUCUCAAGUCCCUCUCGACCUCAAGGAGGAAUUAUCAGCGUCACAUGUCAAGAAGCCAAAAACCGAAGUGACGGCACCAGAAGAUUCAGACCUCAAGUACAUGGACAUCAAUAUCCCCCCCAAUGUCACCUCUAACCAAUCUCCCAUUGUUGUUGCCUCUCCCACUCAUGACACUCUCAAUGACUUCAUAGAUCCAGCACUAAAGGCUCUGAGUGCUCCCUCCAACCCCAAUAAUCCCACAUCAAUCCAAAUUGCUAUUGCUGGCACUGUCCCAGAGACGAGAGAGUCAGAGCCUGUUGUUGUUCCCGCCACUGCUGACAUGCCUGCCACCACGGGUGCACUCACUGGGUGUUCUGAGCCCUCCUCAUCUCGCACAAAUGAGGAGAAGAGCAGCCUUAUGAUUCCAGAGGUGAAAAAUCCACUGUUUGCAUCAAGCUCAUCAAGUUCCCUGUCUAUUCCUGCAACUCCAAGUCCAUCAACUAUUCCUGCGACCGCAAACAUGACAAUGACCACAAUUCCUGCGACUAUGGACACAAUUCCUACAACUACAGACACAAUUCCUGUGACCACCAUCAUUCUCACUAAGCCCAAGCCCAAAGCAAAACCUCAUCCAGUCAAAGCUCCCACAGCACCAAAAGAGCCAAAUGCGCCAAGCAAAGCCAAGGCGAUGCAUAUCCAGAAGACAAUAAAUGCACGGAAUCUAUGUGCAGCCGCAUGGAAAGCUGCCGGAAAUCUACUGGGCAUGGCCAAACAAUUCAAAGGAUACUGGGAGCAACUUCCCAUGGCAGAGAAAGCAGUAUUUGAAGUGCAAGCUCAAACAUUGCUGGCAACAAACACAUCGGCGGUGGUCACUAGUACCACUGGCAGUGGGCCUCGAGGCAGCACUGAGGAGGAGUUCACUGGAUCCGACAGAGACGAGUAG